ACAACAACAACACCAAGUAGUGUCGUAAAAUAGAAAUCUGUUGCGAUAUGGAAAUCUUUGUUGAUACCGUAAACAUAAAGUUAUAGCGAUAAAACUGCCUAAUUAUUCUGUAAAAUUAGUAUGGAGGGUACUGGAAAGAAAGCUGAAGACUCCUCAAGCUCUGAUGGUGAAGAAGAAGACCUUUUAGAUCCUCGAAUUCAGGAGGAGCUUGAGAAACUUAACACAGCCUCCAACAGAAUAAAUAUCUUGGAGAAAGAACUUGAUGAAGCAAGGGCUCUUUUCAGAACAUUUUUAACAGAUGCAACUAGGGCACUGAAAUCAUUAGCGAACCAUCUUGGACAGUGCAUAGAUAAAGCAAGACCAUACUAUGAAGCAAUCGAACAGUCUAAAAAGGCACAAGAAGAAUGCCAGAUUGCUGCAAUGAGAUAUGACAAAGCCUGUAGUCUUCUUCGAGGUGCAAAGGAGAUGAUCUCAAUCACAGAAAAAAAAUUGGAAGGUCAAUCUGGUGGCUUUGACUCGACAUGGCAAGAAAUGUUAAAUCAUGCGGACAUGAAGCUGAUGGAAUCUGAAGUGUCCAAAGGGAAAGCUGACAGGGAACAUAAAGAAGCAACUGUGGCUUUUAAAGAGCUGGAAAAAAGAGCAGCAGAUUUAGAGAGAAAAUUGAGAAGAAAUAUAAAAAAAGCAAGACCAUACUACACACAGAAGAAAACCUAUUUGGAUUUUCUACAGGAGCAAAAAGACAAGGUCUUAAAUUUGGAGCUUUCUUAUGAAACUGAAAAGAAAAACUAUGCUUUGGCCUUGAAAAAGUUGGAGCAGAUAAGUGAGGAGAUACACAAAAAGCGGAAGAGAGCCGCAGAUGGUGUGCCAAAUGAACCAAGGCAAGAAUGCAUCGGAGCAGAGGCAGAUGACAACGAUGAAAUCUCAGAUAAAGCCUUGAGUUUGUCAUGGAACGAAAGUCGAAUCAAGAGAGUUCUAUCUAAGAAGACAAAGCCAUUUACGCGAAGUGCGUUGCGAUCUUCAUUGUGCCUCGAUCUUGGGAUCGGCACAGACAUUGACUUGGGACACCUUCUAGACACACCUCAAAGCCCGUCAGCCAAAAGUGUUGAUCUAGGAGUAAUGUUUUCCCAGUCAAUGUAUGGAGAUUAUGCUGUGCUCGAGAUCAAUGGCCAGGAAUUGCUUGAUCGCAGUUACAGCUCGAAGAAGGAUGACAAAAGCCGACAAUCGACAAGCUAAUAGUGUUUAUGCAAGAAGGCCACAGUCCGUCUUCUCUUGUAUUAAAAACCUGUUAAGCCAUUAAUCUUUUCCAAUAGUAAACUAUUUAGCUAUUUAGCUAAGUAACACAAAUUGAUCCUGAGCCUCAUAAGGCCUUUGUUUUGAAUAUACGCGUAACUUUUGAGGUGUAUCUAAUCUAUGUAGAGCUUAACAAGAAAAACUUAUGCACAUUGAAUCAUUAUAAUCACACAUCACGAUGCGGACCAUUCAAACAAGAGUUUGCCAGAAGUAUUUUUUUGGGGGCAUUGAAAGCAAGUGAUGGUAAUAUAUUUGAUGGCUGCUUAAUACCAUUGCACAUCGUUGCUCCUAAAUGCUUUACAGCCCGUAUUUUCUAGCAGGUUAUGAAAGUUAAUUCUUUUUUCUUUUCUACGUUCUAGUUAUUCAAUUGUUUCCGGGUGGUAUCUUACUGCAGGACUUCUCACGACAUGCUGUGUUUUAUCGUUUGCAAGGUAUUUCAGUAUAAUUUGGCUAUAGAGUUCUCAAGUGUGACGUCACAAAAUAAUAUUUUCAGAAUUUCCGAAUUUUGACCACAUAACAUGAAAGAACACCAUAAGAUACUCUCGUAUAUUCAGAAUCAGUUAAAUUUGUCAAAAUCUGGUGAGCUAUGGCCAAUAGAAGAUUUGAAGUUUGCUACCGGAUUACUGUUAUUUUGGCUCAGUUCAUAAAUUUAUGAACUGAGACCAAAUCACAGAGGUUUGAUGGGACCAGAGCAUGUGCCCAUCUGGUCAUAUCUCAGCCAAUUCGUAAUACCUUUAACUAAUUUUGCAGAUUUAGAGGUAUUUUAUGAUGCUCUUUGAGGCUAUUGGAAAAAAUUUCAAAAAUUCUGAAAAUAGAUUUUUGUGACGUCAUCACUUGACAACUCUAUUGCGUUAGCGAGUUCUUUUACUCAGUACUAAAACAGGCUAACUUGUCUCGGGAAUUAUUUUUCAAAGGAUUUGGGGCUUACAAGCCCAAUUGAAGUACGAGAAUAGGUAGUCAACAUCAAAAUGAAGAAAAAGAACAAGAGGAAGAGGUCAAUAUCAUGGAAGAAUGUACCUUGUUAAUGGUCCCACCCUUCCCUUUUGAUAGGUUAUAGAGUCAAGGCAUGGCUUCUCUAAAAGAACCUGUGUUUAGAUGUAUUUUCAUCACUUGAUAGACUGUUCAAAGGGAUUUAUGGAGAAACUUACUUCUGUAUGUAAAAAUUCAAGAAAAUAAAUUGAUAGUUCGUAGAGGGCCAAAACUGAUUAAUUCUUUAAUAAUGCUUUAAUAAUUUCCAAAAGAAAAUCUUCCAAGAUAGCGCUUUUCAACGCAGUCGCCAAGCCAUGCUUUCAAGUGUCGCAACGAAUUUUAGUUUCUCUAUGCGAUUCUGGUACAGGUGUUAUUGUAGUUUGGAUUCGAUUUCUUCCCAUAACAGGAAUUUUGAAACAGCGAUAUACUGGACAUAAUCAGAUCCAACCAUUUAACCAAAAGAACCGUUAAUUUUUAUAAAGACCCCGCAACUCUGAAAUUUUUAAACUGUAGUCAAGAGUCGCAGAUACAACUGUUAGGCGAUUGCGUAGCCUUCAACUACGAUCAAAGAGAAACAAUUAUGGCUGCUUUGCAUUACGUAAGACAGGAAACUUGAGGCUAUGUGGAAGCAGGAACCUGGGAUCCUAUAGGCUAAUAUGUUUGGCUAAGAGCGAGUUUCAAUUUUUAAAAGAUUGGUGAAUGUUGUAAAAAAUCGUAUUUAUCACCAUCCUAAUCAAUUCGACUAUUUUGCCGCUGUAAAUUGUAACUUAUUAGAAGAUGUGAGACUUUGUUGCUAAAAGAAAUGAUAUAUGUAAUUAAUUUGUGAUUUAGUUUUACAUUUGUGAUAUAGGAACAGAAAUCGUAGAUGAAAUCUUAACGACGAAGCUCUUGACAUGCGUGUCAUCUCUCUUGUUAUAUGCUGGUAAUGGGCGUAUUGGCUAAGGGAUGCUUUUAGUAACGGGGUAAAGGCUAUUAAUCAUACGUUUAUAGUUU